AUGGGCGGGAUCAGGAAAACCACCUUGGCUCGAAAAGUUUUUAAUAAUCCAAAGAUCCAAGAACAUUUUGAGAAGAGAAUGUGGGUAUGCGUGUCAGAUGAUUUCAAUGCCAAUAGACUUUUUAGGUUGAUGCUAGAAUCAUUGAAGGAACCAAUGCCCGACGUUGAGACUAGGGAAGCCAGAGUCAAUCGGCUUAAGGAAUUAUUGGAUUGUAAAAAGUAUCUUUUGGUUUUGGAUGAUGUUUGGAAUAAGGAGUCCACACUAUGGAAUGGGUUUCUUGGGUCUUUGAGGGAUGAUCAAUGUUGGCUCAUUCUCAAAGAAAAUGCAUUUGGCACUGGGGAAGUGCCAAAUAGGUUACAACAUUUAGGAGUCAAGAUUGCACAAAGAUGCCGCGGCUUACCAUUGGCUGCAAGUGUUCUCAGUGGCAUGUUGCGCAACAAGGGAACAGCUGAAUGGGAAACUUUAGAGAGUAGACUUCAAAGUUUAGGUUGUGGUGAAAAUAGUGGCAUUGCUGAAAUUUUGAAGUUGAGCUUUGAUCAUCUUCCAUAUCCAUCUCUUAAAAAGUGUUUUGCAUAUUGUUCAAUUUUUCCCAAAGAUUUUCAAAUGGAAAGGAAUCAAUUGAUCCAACUUUGGGUGGCAGAAGGAUUUCUUCAUUCGAAUCAACGAAACAAUAUGUGUAUGGAGGAAGUUGGUAACAUGUAUUUUACCAUUUUGUUGGAUAGUAACUUGUUUCAAGAUGCAAUGAAGGAUGAGUAUGGGAAUGUUUUGAAUUGCAAAAUGCAUGAUCUUGUGCAUGAUAUGGUGCAAUCCAUUUCCAAUUCUAAAACUUUAAGGUUGACAGAGUCCGGAAGUGACGAUAAGGAGAAGUUUCCCAUUCAAUAUCUUGCACUAGAGAGAAGUGAAAAAGAAAUGCCAUUUCCUUCCUCUGAAAGGUUCAAGUGUAUUACAACAUUAUUUUUGUUAGAAGACAAAUCACUUAAUGAUAGAGAGAUAUCAUUUUUUAUGUUGCGAGUUUUGAGUUUAAGGUCAUCAAGUGUCAAGAAGCUUCCCAAAACACUUGCCAAGUUAACUCAUUUGAGAUACCUAGAUUUGUCAAGAAUUUCAAUCAAAACAAUGCCAGAUUCUCUUUGUCAACUUUAUAAUUUGCAGACAUUAAGAGUUGAAGAUUGCGAAUCAUUGAUAAAGUUUCCAAACAAUUUCAAGAAUUUGGUGAAUUUGAGACACUUUGAACUGCAAAAUUGUACAAACUACAAAGAGUUACCAACUCUUGGACACAUGCCCUCUCUUAGAUCUCUUCACUUGGUAAGACUUAAUGGCAUAACAAGCAUAGGGCCUUCUUUUUACGGAGAAUCAGCCCUGCAUAGUGGCACUAGCAAUCAAAGUCCCCCAAAAUUGUUUCCAGCACUUAAGCAUUUCAUUCUAAGGGACAUGGAAAAUUUGAUUGAAUGGAUAGAAGCAAUAGUUGAUGAUAGAACAGUGGUGGUAUUUCCUAUUCUUGAGAUGAUAGAGAUUGAAGAUUGUGAAUCAUUGACAAUGUUUCCAAACAAUUUCACGAAUUUGGUGAAGUUGAAGCACUUUGAAGUGCAAAAUUACGGAAAUUGCAAAGAGCUACCAACUCUUGGACACAUGCCCUUCCUCUGUUCUCUUCACUUGGAAGGACUUGAUGGCAUAACAAACAUAUGGCCUUCUUUUUAUGGAGGAUCAACCAUGCAUGGUGGAAGUAGCAGUCAAAGUUCCUUAGAAUUGUUUCCAGCACUUAAACAUUUCAUUCUAAGAAGAAUGAAAAAUUUGACCAAAUGGAUGGAAGCAAAAGUUCAUGAUAGAGAAAUGAUGGUAUUUCCGAGCCUGGAGACGAUAGAGAUUGAAGACUGCCCCGAACUAGCAACUUUUCCAAGUCUCCAGAAAUUGCACAUCAGUGAGACUAAGAAUGGAUCAGCCGUAAUGGAAUAUAUUUGCAAUUGA